GUGAUGAGAGAAAUCAUUGAAAGUCAUAUGCAAAUGUUAACUGAUAUUAAUAAAGAUAAUGACAAAUCAAGGAAUUCUGAAGAAGUUGGUACUUCACAUCGCAGUAGAUCGAGCAGUCCAUCACAGUAUGGGAAAUCACAUGAUACAAGUUCUUGCCAGAGUAGGUAUUCAAAAGAACAUACUUAUGGGGAGUCUUUACGAACUGACAGGGAUAGACAUAGGGUCUACAAAGACAGGGAACGGGAUAAACGCAAGUCUUAUGGUAACGAACAUAAGCGAAAUAGUAACGAGUUGGAGCAUAAGAGCAAACGUUAUUAUACAGAUGAUAAAGAAAAAGACAGUCCUAGUUCGUACGCUAGUGAUAAAGAAGACAGCAGUCGGAAUUUAUACACAAGUGAUGUAGAACGCACUAGUCGGAGUUCGCAUCGUGAUGCAGAUCGUAAAAAGUACAGACAUAAAAGAAAACAUGAACAUGAUGAUGAUGAUGACAAACGUCACAGACGUAAACACAAAAAGUCUAGGGAUUAGAUUGGUCUGAUGUGGAUUUUGUAAGGAAAUUGAAUUGGCAUGUGCUUAGGCAGAAUGAAGUGUUGGUGGAAUAGUGUGCCCUCUAUGUUACUUUUGAGAAUGACUACACAAAAUGGCCACCAUAUAACGUAAAACAGAGUAUACUGUAAAUCAUUUCUCAACAUUUGCCGAUUUGCAAAAGUCGUUGCUGUAUUUAAGGUUUCAAGUGAAAUUUUCAUUGCUACAAAAUUUGUGGAUGUUCCUGGAUUCACAUACGUUUGUUUUAAAAUAUUAAAGUGAGAGGGUCGUCACCUGCGCACGCACAGGAAUUGAGUCACAAGCUAAAAAUGAAAAGGCUCAUGGGUAGAAGCUUGUUUGUAAACAAUGACCAGCUAUGGCCAUCUGACACAUGCGCAGGUGACAACUCCCUCGCUUUAAAGCAUUUUACAGUAAUUUAGCCAGUAUUCAGUUAUAAUGUACUAUGUAUUCUCAUACAUGUAUAUAAGCCCCAAUAUUUGUAAAUAUUGCAAAUUCAGUGAGUGUCCAAUGAUGUAUGAAAUUCCAUAUGAAUUUUUCUUAUUAUGCAUUGUUUCGGAAUUUGUUCAGUAGAUGUCCAAUAAUGCAUUGUUCAUAUGCUCAGUAGAUGCAAAAUUUGACUUUCUCUCCCAUAAUGCAUUGUCCAUACGCUCAGUAACAUGCUCAGUAGAUGCAAAAUUUGACUUUCUCUCCCAUAAUGCAUUGUCCAUAUGCUCA